AUGGCUAACAACGUGACCGCUACCAGAGAAGCUACAAGGCGUACUCACACUUACAGUUUCCAUCGCGAAGGCUUGAUUCAGUUGGGGCAAUUGGGUGGAUUGAUCACUGGUCAUAAUAAAACUGUGUUCACUGAGAAUUACGGAAACAUCUUGACCCUUUUGGACUCCCACGUCGACGAAUGGGGUUUAUCUACUCUUCUCCAGUUCUAUGAUCCUGACUUGCGUUGUUUCACCUUCUCAGGCUAUCAGUUGGCUCCCACUCUCGAGGAGUACUCUCACUUUCUCAAUAUCAAGAUUCAGCACAAGGUUCCUUUCGUGUGUGUCCCAGAGAAACCUGAUUUGAACAACAUUGCCAACGCUCUUUAUUUGAGCAUAGAAGACGUUCUUGGGAAUUGGAAGAAGAAUGGUAACACUCAUGGUUUCUAUAUGAGUUUCUUGGUUGAGAAGGCCCAAGAGUUGGCCAACAAAAAUAUGUGGGAGGCCUUCAACGCCCUUCUGGCCGUUUUGAUUUAUGGGAUCGUGAUGUUCCCUAACAUUCACAAGUUCGUUGAUCUGGCUGCUAUAUGUCUUUUUGUGGAGAAGAAUCCGGUCCCUACUUUGCUAGCCGAUACGUACUAUUCUGUUCACUCUCGAUAUGGGAAAGGAGGAGCCAUAAGAAAUUGUUUUCCGUUGUUAUACACCUGGUUUAAGUCCCACCUACCUACAAGUGGUCCUUUCGUUACUUCUACUCAGAAAUGGCAUCAAAGGAUCAUGGGGCUUACUGGAAAUGACAUUGUCUGGUGUCCUACUGGGAUGGACGUAGAGAAGGUUAUAACUAGUUGUGGUGCUUUUGACAAUGUUCCCCUCAUAGGAACAAAAGGUAUAGAAAAAGUGGUGAGUGCCUGGAAUGACAUCCAUACAAGUGAUCAGAUUUCUCUAGGUGAAAAGAAUGCCGUUGCCAAACAAGCCUACACGGAUUGGGUUGAGGAUAGAGUUAAAGAUCGUCUGUUGCCUUUCCCGAAGGUUAAUCCAUUGUACAAGCAACCACCUAAGGUUCCAACUGCCAUUAUGCCUGCUGAGAAUUGCAUCCAAGUAGAUAUGGAAUGCACCCAAUUGCACGAAAAGAAGUCAGAUGCGCAACCGAAACAUUGUCUUGUGGGCCAGAAAAGAGUUGAGUUGACACACGAAGCCAAAAUGCUGAAGGGAGGAUCUUCCAGAGUUCAAAAGAGGGCUAGAACGGAAAAAGGUGAAAAAGACACUACUAGGAACAAUCCUCCGUUGUUCAAGGGCACUAGAGAUGAACUUAAUGCUGCUGGUGUAGCAAUUACUUGGGCUGUGUUCAAGAGAGAAUUCCUGAGAAGGGGCUGUAGUGACGGAACUGUGUCCGUAGGUAAAACAUUGCCUCUAAAACAACAGCCAGAGGUUGAAGGUGAUGCGUGGCAUGAUACUAGUGGCCGGUUUGAAAUCUGGCGCAUUGUCUUCAAACCAAAGCUCUCUCUUUGA